GCAGAAGUUUUCAACCUACCUUUCUCAGACUUGUCCUCAGAAGCUCUGUGAGCGUUCAGGCGCUGGUCCAGUAUGUAAAGCAUCUCCCCACCAAGGUUAAUAAAAACCAGGGGGAGAGUUUUCAUUGACAUCCUGCAAAAUCGGUCUGGCUACAGACAAUUAAUCUACUUGAACGUCAGAUCUCUUUUUAAGGACAUGUUUUCUGUAGCAGGUUGCUGCUUUUUUUCCCUCCACGCUCUUCUCUAAGCAUGCCUCUGCAGAAAACCUUUAAGAUGGAACAGGUGGUCAGGAUGAGGAUCAGCCACAGCCUCGCUCAUCCUCAUUGGCUGGUGUGCAAUGACCACAUAUCCUGGCUAUGGCCUAAUGCGAUGCAAUUAGGUUGAAAUUUUGAUUGGGGGGUGGAUGUGGAUGUCUGGUAUUGUCUUAUCAGUUAAGUUUAACAUUGUUUAUAUACCAGUGCCUUUUGUCGACUGGAAUUCGUAUUUAGUUAACCCCACUGUCUAAAAAUACAUAUUAACUAACCUAAUCGUAAUACUAAAACUGUAAUAUCCCCAACAGAUCACGUUAGUUGGCAUGUUUUUUGUUUUGUUUUUUACGUGUACGAUCCUGCACUUCUCGUCCUUCUCGAUAGGGGGCAGGCAAUCCCCAGGUAAGAUCAUUCCAUUGCGGUUUGAGUGCAAGAUUGGGGAAACAAAAAGUGUCUUUACAGCAGAAAGCAAAUCAAUUGGACCACUUUCGUCUUCGGGGAUAGGCUUCUUGGAGUUUGACGAGGAAGAAUAAUUUCACACAUCUCGUAUGCACUUACCAGGGCUCGUCUCAAAAGGCUGCACCCAUGAAACGAGGCUGAUCGUUUAAAUUACGCAUCAGUGGACUCCACUCCUCAAUUGUCAGGAAGCAAUUCAACCUGAUAGAUCCUGUCGUCUCGUCCUGCCUGUGACACGAUGGAGCCCGCUGGGUGUACGCCUUCUCCAGACGAGUCUGACCCCUCUCUGACUCAUCAGCACCUCGAGGACCAGCUGGUCUUCUUCCACAAGCUGGGCUACUCCACGGCACAAGUCGAAGUUGUGCUGAAGCAGUGCGGCCCCGAAACAGACAGAAAUCAAGUUCUUGGAGCGCUGGUUCGGAUGAAAGCUGACCCGAGUGUCUGUCAGGAGCCCCUCACCACCUUGUCAGUAUCGGAGACCCAAAAUACCAUCCUGUCCACGGAAUCCACUGGGACGUCGCCGCCCCUCACAACCUUUUUGGUACCGGUGACCCAAGAUACCAUCCCGUCCACGGAGUCCACCGGGAUGUUGCCGCCUGGUUCUCCAACCAGAAAGGACGGCGGCGAUGAUAAAGAUGCUCUCAGGCCCAUUGUCAUCGAUGGGAGUAACGUAGCCAUGAGCCAUGGGAACAAUAAAGUGUUCUCCUGUAUGGGGAUCCAGUUGGCAGUCGAUUUUUUCUUGGAGCGAGGCCACACAGCCAUCACCGUGUUUGUCCCCUCCUGGAGGAAAGAGCACCCAAGACCCGAUGUUCCAAUUUCAGAUCAGCAUAUCCUUGUCGAUCUGGAGAGGAAGAAGUACCUGACGUUCACGCCGUCACGCCGGGUGAGGCAAAAGCGGGUGAUCUGCAACGACGACAAGUUCAUCGUCCAGCUGGCUUUCGACACGGGCGGCAUCAUCGUGUCCAACGACGUCUACCACGACCUGCAAGUCAGCAAGCCCGAGUGGAACAGUUGCAUCGAGGAGAGGCUGCUCAUGUACUCCUUUGUGAAUGACAAGUUCAUGGUUCCCGAUGAUCCACUUGGCCGAGACGGUCCAAACCUAGAGAACUUCCUGCGGUGGUCCCCGAAGACACAGAAAAAACCUCCAUGUCCUUACAGAAAGAAAUGUACCUUUGGACUCAAAUGCAAAUAUCUCCACCCGGAGCGAGUCAAGCAGUCUAAUUGGUUGCUUGCCGAUGAACUUCGAGAAAAUGCAAAGGUCCCCUCUGUCAGGAGUCCCGUCCCCAGCCAAAGCCUCUCAUUAGCUGAAGAUGUGGCAAGGACAUUGACCCUGGGCCUUGAGAAAAGCCCCUUGAAGAAAGACAAAGCGAUUCACUACUCGAAGCAGCAGGUCUCGUGUAGAAAGGGGAAGAACAGUUUGGACUCUUCUGAGCAUGGCUCUCCGAAGCAGCUGGACUCCGGCAUAGGGUCGAUGGAGAAUAAAUCAGUGGAGGCUCAACAGGCUAACUGUCAUGCACAGUAUGAACCGCCAUCUGGUAAAUCCCACCCAAUGCCGACUUGCCAUCUUUGGAGUGCGCCGUGCCGCUGUUAUAUCCAUUACUUUGCCUUUUCGCAAAGUUUUGCAAAGCAGCAGCUCUCUCACAGCCUCACGCCAGUAUAUCGGCACAGUGCUGACAUGGCGCUUGGGGAGUCACGCCGGCGCGCGACUUACAGGGAUGAGAGAAAAGUCACCCGGACCAAGCUCCUCGCUAUCUUCAGCGCAGACUUGGUGGACGCGGCCAUGAACAUGUUUCCGUCUAUAGUGGACCCUCAGAUGUUGGCGGCGAAGAUCAUCAUGAUGAAGAGCCAAAAUAAGAUGAGCUAAGGAAGGGUUUGACGAGAAGAUUGUCAUCAACACAAGCUUGUGUACCUUUUGGACGAUGAUGCACCUUGAAUGCUUUGUUUGAAAAUCUGUGAAUAAUAGUGCACGGAAGGAGGAUAUUUGGACCUGGAUGUGCGCACGUGAAUGGUCCUCACGUCAGACAGACUGAUUUCCAAGGCAUACGUGGUGAAGUGUUUCGAUUCUUGUUUUCGUAUGAUAGGUUGAUAAGGUAAUAGGAAUUACAAAUCUAGUGGAAGAUAAUUUCAAGACAAUUUAUUACCCUCCAGUUUUGAUGGCUAAAUGGGUUUAUGGUGUUUGAUGAUCCCAGAGAGACAGACACAAUUUUGCAGUUGCAUUCCCACAAUUGUAUUCUCAUGGUUACUUCGGGAUGGUUGCUUUUUAUGUGAGAAAAAAAUGCUGAACUUUACUGUUUGUUAGAUCUUGAAUUACAGACUAUAUGAAGAAUUUGUAAAUGUCUCCGCCUGCUGGACAGUUGAGGAACAACAUGCAACGCCCCACGGCCCAGCAGUUGCGUAGAAGGCAGAGGUGUAGAAUAGUUCGUGACAAUAAAUAAAUGCAUUUGUACCGAA